AUCAUCAUCAUCAUCAAUGAAACAUGUAACACCAACCGAAUUACCAUCACCAUUUACAGAUAGAUUUGUAAAUAGUUUAUCAAAUUAUUAUUCAGAUGAAAGUUUUGAAUCAUCAUCAAAUAAUAAUGGUGGUAUUAGUACAUUAUUUUAUGAAACAAGUGCGGCUGAUGUUGAUUUACGAUCAUCAUCGUCAUCAUCAUCGAUGUGGUCAUCAUUUUCAUCAUCAAUAACAUCGGCAACACCGCCAAUAUCAUCCUCAUCUUUUCUUUCAUCAUCAAAUUCUGCCUCUCCAACAUUUUUCGGAUCAUCAUUACCAUCAUCAUCAUCAUCAUUUUAUUCACAAUUAAAUCAACAACAAACAAAUUUACCAUCAACAUUAACAUUAAUGAUGACAAAUACAACAAUGUCAUCAAUAUGGGAAACAAUUACAAUGAAUAAUAAUAAUUUUAAUAAUUAUAAUGAUAAUAAUAAUAAUACAUUAAUAGAUAUGAUGACAGAUACAACAACAGGAAAUUAUUCAUUAGAUUUAUUAGAUGAAGAACAAAUGGAAAGAAAUAUUUAUAUAAUGCCUUUAUAUCAACAAAUUUUAUGGAGUAUUAUAUUCGGUACAAUGGUAUUUGUUGCUGCCGGUGGUAAUAUUAUUGUGAUAUGGAUUGUUUUAACUAAUAAAAGAAUGCGUACAGUUACAAAUUAUUUUCUUGUCAAUUUAAGCGUUGCCGAUAUAAUGGUAUCAACAUUAAAUGUUAUAUUUAAUUUUAUUUAUAUGUUAAAUUCAAAUUGGCCUUUUGGUGAAUUAUUUUGUAAAAUAACAAAUUUUAUUGCUAUAUUAUCGGUUGGAGCUAGUGUAUUUACAUUGAUGGCUAUAUCGAUUGAUCGAUAUUUAGCCAUUGUACAUCCAUUAAGGCCACGUAUGUCUCGUACAGCAACUGUAAUAAUUAUUGUUAUCAUAUGGAUUGCAAGCAGUUUUCUAUCAUUACCAAAUAUAAUUUGUUCAAAAACAAUUGUUGAAGAAUUUAAAAAUGGUGAUUCAAGAGUUGUUUGCUAUCUUGAAUGGUAUGAUGGAAUAUCGACAAAAUCUCGUAUCGAAUAUAUUUAUAAUGUGAUUAUUUUAUUGGUCACUUAUAUGUUGCCUAUUGCAUCAAUGUCCUAUACAUAUUUUCGUGUUGGUCGUGAAUUAUGGGGUAGUCAAAGUAUUGGUGAAUGUACAGCUAAACAAAUGGAAAGUAUUAAAUCAAAACGUAAAAUUGUCAAAAUGAUGAUGAUCGUUGUGGCCAUAUUUGGGGUUUGUUGGGCACCAUAUCAUAUUUAUUUUUUACUUGCUCAUCAUUAUCCACAAAUAAUUAAUUCAAAAUAUGUACAACAUACAUAUCUAACAAUUUAUUGGUUAGCAAUGUCUAAUAGUGUAUAUAAUCCAUUUGUUUAUUGUUGGAUGAAUUCAAGAUUUAGGCAAGGAUUUCGAAAUAUAUUCUGUUGUACUUGUUUUCAGGAUAAUGUAAAACCGGGUGAACGUUUUCAUCAUUAUAAUAAUCGUCAUCGUCAUCAUAAUAAUAAUAAUCAAGAUAGUAAUAUAUUACAAGAUCGUUAUCAUGGUACAGCUCGUUAUAGUUGUGCAUCUGAAGCAUGUAUUACUGAUACACGUGUACGUUUUAAUGGUAAUGGUAAUAUUACAUUACAGCCAACAACAGUUAUGGAUAUGACAACAACAAUAAUGGAUGGUUCUUGUAGUCCUAAUUUACAUGGUUGUUUAUUAUCAAGUAAUAAUGCAAAUGUUUUAGUUGAUAAUAGCUGUAUUAGUGGUGGAAUUGGUACGGCUGCAACAAUAACAACAACAACUAUGACUACUAGUUAUACGAAUAAUAAUAAUAAUAAUAAUAAUAAUAACAGUAACAGUCCAUUACAUCAACAAUCAAAUAUUCAAUAUUCAUCACGUGAAAUGUUAUGAUAUUCAAUCACCAGAAAGAAAAAAAUGCACUCACAACAACAACAACAUAAGUUACUUAAGUGAGAAAACCAUAUAUGAUUUAAAUAGAAAGAAAUCCAAAGUGUUUUUUUUCUGUGGAAAGCCAAAAUCCAAAUCUAUUGAUCAUUUUCUUCUAUUUCUUCAAAUCAAAUUUCAUUCAUCAUUUUUUUUCCUUUUUUUUCCUAUUUGAGCUUCAAAUUUCUUACUUUUAACAGAAUUUUCUCUUCUUCUUCUCUUCAUUCGCAUUACUCAUCAUCAUCAUUUGAUCAUAAAAGAGAACGAAAAAAAAAGAAAAAAAGAAAUGAUGCCUCGAUAAGCCAACCAACCAGCCAGCAAAAAAAUUCAAUCAUUUUUACAUUAUUUAUCUGAUAUGAAUUAUAAUUUAAUUGAAAUGAAUUU